UGACUGGCAACGCCGCGAAUGGCGUCGUAUUUUAUGCCAAAGGAUUAUGGAAUUUUAUUUCAUUGAAAAUGAAAAAUGAAACCUUAGCAGUAGCUAAAUAUAUUAUGAAAAAUGCUCCAAACAUCAUUGCUCUCAUAUUUAUGUAAGGUUUUCCUGAAUCUGGCUGAAUUUGUUAGUUCGAAGUUGAGCGUCCAUUAGUAAGCUGCUGUUCCUGUUGGGUGCAGCUUGUGGUUUUAGGGGAGCGCCAUUUUAUUCACCUUUAGGCGGGGAACGCAAACUACACGAAAUAAUGCUUUCUACGCUAUCCACAACGAGAAAACUAGUCAUAGCAAGACUUUAGUGAGAUAAUCAUCUUUGAGGAGAAUCGGCAUGGAAGAUGGUCCAAACAGUGUAUUGCCUGCUGCUGAGAUUGCCAGCAUUUCCAGAAAUGGGGUAGUGUCCCCAAUAAUGGCAAAAUUUCCACUUGGGGACAACAGUACAGCCAUUGAAGACAAGGUAGACCGUAUUGACUUGACCAAAAUUAAUGGAGAUGCCAUUUCUGGAGACCUAUUUGAAAAUGAUGAUUCAUAUGACUCUGAAAGUGAUGCAUUGGUGAUAGAUGAAAGCUUGCCCAAGAAAAAGAAGCAUCAGAAGAAAAAACCUGUUAUUGCAGUUCAGUCUGAAAGUAUACCUGAAGAACCCAAACUUCAAAAACCAGACAAUCCUUCUCACAGGGAAGUAGGUGCAGAUACAUUUCAGGAACAUGAAGAAGGAACUACAGUAAAUAAUUCUCAUGAAGAUACUAUACAUCCUGAGGAAAUACCAGAUAUAAUCACACAUUCAAAUCCAUUCUUUAAUGAAUCUCUAUUUGAGCUAUCCCAACAACACCACAACUCCCAUGAAGAUGUUAACAAUAAGACUGAAAUAGUAGACAAAAAUAAACACAAAUCUCAAAAAAGAAUCAAGACAAAACAGAAACCAAAACUAAAAGAGUAUGCUCAAUACUUGGGACUGCAACCAAAUGUUCAAUUCAAGUGUUCCAAGUGCGGUAAAGCAGGUUUUGAAUCACUGGCAACCCUCCAUGAACAUUUAGUGCAGUGCAAUGCUGAAAGUGUGCAAGAGACUUCAAGUGACAAUACAAAGUCAGGGUUUAAGUUAACAAGAAAAGUGUUUUUGUGCUCAGCAUGCGGGACAUACUAUGAAAACUGGAACUUAUAUAUGCACAUGCUCGAGUUCCAUAGACGCUACAUUUGUUUAUAUUGUUUAGGAAUGUUUUCAGUUUUAGAAGACUUAUGCCAGCAUAUUCAGUCUCGGCAUAAUCUUGAACCAGGACACAGAAACUCCUUAGAUGAGUUUUUCAGUGCUUAUAAUGAACCAUGUUAUGUUGUUUGCUGUGAGUGUAACAAACUUUUUAGUGAGCAGGACAAUUUUUUUUAUCAUAGUUGUGCAGUGAAAGGUGGACCAAAAGCUAAAAAACCAGUACGACCUCAGAUUACACCUGAAAAUCAUGUGACUGGUGAGAGUGAAACAGUAAACAAGGAUGUUUCAAAGUCUUCAGGUGCUCAAAAAGUCAGUGAUAUAGAAAAAUCUGAAGACACUGUGAAAGAAAGUAUGAAAGACGACAUUCCUAUGGAAACAGAAAAAAAUUCAAACAGAUUGUCAACAGAUGUCAGAAAUGAGAAUGAAGAUAGCAAUGCAAACUUAGGAGCUGCAGAUAAUGUUGUGGACAAAAUGGAACCUCAGUAUGCUAAGUCAGAAAAUAAUAAAGAGUUAGAUGAGGCAGGGCCAGUAUCAGAUUAUAGUAUAGAAAAUUCAAGGGAUGGUGUGCCAGAUACACUUGUAAGUCCAGAACCCGUAGAGGAAAAAGAUCAUUCAGAAGAAAUGGAAGAAAAAGAAUCAAGUGAAGAUAUCACUGAAACUAGAAAGGUACCAAAGCUGUCGCUUAAGCUGCCAAAACCAGGUUUUUAUCCAGAACCUGAUGACAGUGAUGAUAGUGAAAAGUUAACCAUGGAAGUAGACCAAAUUGAGAGUGAAAAUGAAAUAGACAAUGAUCCAAAUAAUAUUAGCUCUGGGCAGGAGCAAUAUCAGUCUGCAGAAGCAAAUCAUGUUCAAGAUGCUGAACCUGAAGAAAAAAAGGAAGAAAAUGGGGAUACUGAAAAUGCUGUCGAGGUAACUGAGGAACCCCAGCUUCAUGUGGCUGGCUCUGAAAUACCAAUAAUCGAAUUGGAGCUGGAGCAACCAUUAGAUAAGUUUGAUGCAAAAAUAUUGCUUCAGAAGUGUUUGAAAAUGACAGUGGCAACUUGUAUAUACUGUAAUCAUGCAAGAAAAAUUGCUGUCAAUGGGAGGCAAUUAGCAUUACAUUGCAUUGCAGAACAUAGAUUCUCUGCCAUUGUGAACAGCAUAACUGCUGAAGAACUGAUACCGGAAAGUUUUGUAAAUCGCCUACAAGAAUGCUUGGAUGACUUGGAGAAAGUCUUCUUUAACUUGGAUUCAAACUUCUCUGAUGAAGCAGUCACAUUUUCACACAUCUUUGAGUGUUUCCAGUGUUACUUUAGCACCACAGUGCACAAGGAACUCUACCUGCACAAUCGCAAGUUCCACUCAAAAAACCUCUUAUUGUGCAUCAUGUGCAAGACAAACUUCUACAAUUAUAGUGAACUUAUGUGUCAUCUGUGUCCUGGCUUGUACAUUUUGGAUUAUGAUUUGCAGUUUCGUUGCUGUAUGUGUGUCAAUGACGAUUUGCCUUCAGCUUUUAGAUUGAUGGUGCAUCUUAGGAAACGUCAUAACGUGUGCGAUGUCUGCUUGGAGAUGUGCCAUACUCAGUAUAGACUAUCAAACCAUGUCUGGAAGCAUAAGUUACAUCAUUUCUGCUACCGUUGUGGGAUUGCUUAUAGAAAUAAACCUGAUAUCACUAGGCACUUGUUCUGGAAACACGGCACUGAAAGCGUCCUUUGCAAGCGAUGUCUGCAGAAAAAGUGGCCGCACGUGUACCAUUUCUGCACGCCACCAGCCAGUUUCACUUGCGACGAAUGCCAAAACGUUUUCAGCAAAGCUGUUUCAUUGAAAGUCCACAAACGGCUGCACACAGAAGAAAGAAAGCACGCCUGUACGUUUGAGGAAUGCACGGAAGCAUUCGUUUCGAAGAAGCUUAUGUUGAAGCAUGAGGCGAGGCAUAGGGAGCCUGUAGAGGAGGUUAAGCCUCUGGAAGUUGAGGCUGUGGCUGAAGAUGUAAAACAGGAAGAACCGGAGGAAAAAGUAGCGGAAGAAAAGGAACCUGAAAAUGUCGAAGAAAAACCUAAACCGAAAAUUGACGUGUUGGAUCUUCCCGCGUUGAACUUAUCCGAAAGCGAUAGCAGCGAUUCGGAGACAGACGAAAAGGAUGAUGAAAAACUCGUUGAAGAAAAGAGAGAAACUAAAGAAGAGACGGCGAGUGAAACAGCGGCCAUCGAACCUAGUAGCGAGCAGACUGUAAGUGAAGCGACGGAAGUGCCAACAGAAUCGGUGAUUGAAGAGCAACCGAGCGAGAUCGAGGAAAAGCAAGAAGCUGAAGAUUCCACAUCUGUAAUCCAGGAUAUCUGGGAUAACUUCAAGAAUUACCAGGCUAGUAAAGAGAAACUGGAUAACAUGUUCAGUACCGAGGAAAAGGCGGAAAAACCUCCAGAGGAGGAAAUACCGAUCCCGAUGAUAGAUGAAGAACCGACGGUGCAGAUAGCUCUGAUGGAUCACGAUUACUGUUUGGAGCCCGAGCAGAAAACGGACGCCAGUUUGAUAGAAGUUAAACCAGCGCUGGAGAUGAGAGAGAGUGUCGACCAUGACUAUUGCACUGCUAAAGCAGGUGGAACGGUAGCAGAAAAACCUCCACCAGAACCCCUACCGACGGAAUUGCUACAGACCGAAGAGAAAGAGAAAAAAGACAGUUCGUCAAGUAGUUCCAGCGACAGCGAUUCGUGUUCGUGCGGUUCCAAUUGCAGUUGUAGUUCGAGUUCGAACAGUUCCAGUUCCAGCUCGGAUAGUUCCGGAUCAGAUAGCUCCACCGAGGAAGGUAGACAGAAGCAACAGGCUAGAAGGCAGAAGAGAAGAGAACGAGCGAAAAAAUUGAAGGAGAAGGGCAAGGAUAAACAACACAAGGACAAAGAAAACGCCGAGAGCAAAGUCGUAGACGUGGUAGCGACGUUUGGCGGAGAAACGGCUGCAGCGCCUGUCAUUGCAGAACCUCCAAUAAACGAAUCGGAUUUGGAGACUACCGAAUCGGAAACGGACGAGGAAUUUUAUGAUCGGGCGCCGCAGAAGUUGGCCAAGAAGAUUCUCGAGGAGAAACGGCAACAGUUGCUGGCGCUCAUGGGGCCUAACAGCGUACCUACUGUACCGAACGGCAGUUUUAUUGAGAGUACAAGUCGGCCGCCAACUCCACCAGCUGGCUCGGUAGUCGAGGAACAGGAAGAAAGGAAGCACAAAAAGUCCAAGUCGAAAAAGAGGAAGAAACGGAAAAACGAGAGGAGAGAACAAGAAUCUCGGAAAGUUUCUGUGACGAAUAUCAUCACCGAUGUACCCAUACCGCCAUACUAUCAACAGUUCCACCACCAAAUUCAGCAGCAGCAACAAGCAGAACAACAACCUCCACCAACCCCCUCUGUGCCGCCAUUGACAUUAUCCCUCUCCCGCCUAUCCCCAGCCCCAACCCAACAAAUCCAUUCACCCGCGGCCCUUCGACUGCCCCACUCGCCCGCCUUGACGCCCUUAGGGGCGACCGGGGCAGGCACGCCCCACGCGACGCCCGGUACGCCGCUGGGGCCUGGAUACGAAAGUGUGAGAGCGUCGAAACGACGACGUGUGCCGAACAAGUUCUACGGGUAUUCUAGCGAUGAAGAGGAAGGUGGAACGCCUAGGGGGCCUAAGUGGAGGAAGACAGUCGCAGAGACGGCAGCGACGCCCCGUUCCCCGCUCACCGUCCCACCCAUAACGAUCAAAGCCCCGCCCCCGCCGCAACCGCCUCCGCAACCCACCGUCGAGCCCAUUUCGAUCCGCACCGGCGCCCACCUGAGCGACUUUCAUGUGCGCCGCCCCCGGCCCAAGAAACAAAAGAGUCGCGACACCGAGGACAGCGACGAUGACGCCACAGAUUCGGACGACGGCAGCGAUAGCGACGAGGAGCGCAAGCGCAGGCAGCAGCAACAGCAGAUGGCAGUUGCGGGGGCAGGCGGGGGACAGCAGGUGCAACCGCAGUUGUAUUGUUAUUGCCGGUGCCCGUACGACGAAGUUUCCGAAAUGAUCGGUUGUGACGCAAGUGACUGUGCAAUCGAAUGGUUCCAUUUUGAAUGCGUUGGAAUAAUGGUACCACCAAAAGGACAAUGGUUCUGUCCGGAUUGCAGAAAAAAGAAACAACAGCGGCAGUUGAUGCAGCAUAGUGUACAUUGAACAAUUUUUCAAAGGAAAUUUUCUCUUCCCCUCCCUCUUUCUGACCAAAAUAGAUGUUCUUUUCUCAUCAUCACUUAAAGGAUAUAAAUGUGUGAUUUUUAAGAAAUAAUAAUGAUGUUUGUUUAACAUAUCCCAGUAAACAAUUCGUCAUCUCUUACCUAAAACACAUUUCCAUUUGAUAUGUAUACUACAUGUUUAAGUCUGGGUUUCUCCAGACUUUUAUUUUAUAUUUUUUUUGCGGUAAAGAAUUACUUUGGGACGCUGAUGAAACAAAAAAAUAUUUGAAUUUAAUCGAAAAUGCCAGAUUUCCGAAAAUUUUGCGCGCAAUGUUCAUAUUCUUGUUUAUAAUCAUUUUCUAUCAUUUCAAAUGGUUAUUUGAUAAGUGUACUGGUUGUCGUAUAUCCCAGUGAAAUUUGUCCCAACGUAUGGAUCGGGUACUUGAUUAUGUUGAAAUAAUUUUACGGUUAUAUUUUUAUCUAACAAACUGACGUUCUGCUGUGAUAUAUUUGGUAUUUGGUGAUGGUAUCGCUUAAAUAUGAAGUUUGAAUUUUAGCAUGACAAACUGUAACUCAAUUUCAUUCUUUUUUCCAAUAGUCUCUCUGGUAAUUAUAAUUUAUCUACGUACGGGACUCCCCAUAACAGUUUUGAUUUUGAAAAUAACUUGACUCAAAAUAUUUUCUGCUAUAUGUAAUCAAGUACCUCAUUUUAAGGUUUCUACAUAUGUAAGAUUUGCAUCAUUUAGGUUGUUGUAUAUAAUAUGAAAGUUAUCUAGUACCUGUAUAUAUUAUAUAAAUCGACUUGGUAUUGUGAUUAAAGUGUCAGUGUAAGAUUCUUUCAUAAUAUGAUAAUCAAUUUCGUUUUAGCGUUUUCUAUUAGAAUACAGGAUACUCCGCAAGAUAUGAAAAUUACGCUUUCAUGUUGCUCAGUUUUUUUUGUAUUUAGAGUUUUUUGUUUUUAAUAUGUAGUUGCAGAUUUUAUUCAUCAGGUGAUUAUUUUUUUUUUCAGAAUAUCCUGUAUUUUGUAAUUGUAAAAUAAAUGUAAUCCUUCUGCCAAAUUAGAUUGUAAAAAGUUGUAUAUAUUUUUUAUGAUGUUGCUCCUGUGUGCACGGGAGAGUUUAUGGUUUAGAAAGCGUUAGUUUUUAGACUGAUCAUUCAGUUCCAUUUUUGAAUUUCCUCCCAACUCUUGUAAACAUUUCCGAUGUCAAUAAAUGAUUGGAGCGAA